AUGGGAGAGUGCCUUGAGGAUCCAACAGAAGCAAGAAGACUUCGAACUAGGUCGACCAGGUACACGUUGAUAGAUGAGGUACUCUACAAAAGGGGACAUUCUGUCCCCCUACUGAGGUGCUUGAAUGAAGAAGAAGCACAGUACGCUUUGCAAGAUGUACAUGAGGGGAUGUGUGGAAACAAUUCCGGUGGACAAUCCCUAGCCCACAUGAUCCUACGUCAUGGAUAUUUUUGGCCUAUAAUGAAGCAAGAUGCCUUGAAAUUUGUGAAGAAAUGUGAUAAAUGCCAGCAUCUCGCCUCACUCAUCAGAACAUCGCAUGCGAAUAUUUGUAUACCUCACUCAAUCGUCACCGACAACGAGAAACAGUUUGACAACUCUCGUCUUUUAGAUUUUUGUAAAGAGCUCAGCAUUAGGAAACACUUCUCCACUCCAAAAAACCCGCAAGCAAACGGUCAACUUGAAACCAUUAACAAGACCAUCAAACACACGCUAAAGGCAAAAUUGGAUGCGCUCAAAGGGGAUGGAUCAAAGAACUCCCAAGUGUGA